GUGCCGAGGGAGGGAGACGCUGACGAGAAGAAGAAACAAUGGCGGACGAGAAGUCGAAUGAAAUUGUGAAGAAAGAAAAUGAGCAUAUUAAUCUGAAAGUGGCAGGACAGGAUGGCUCUGUGGUUCAGUUUAAAAUCAAGAAGCAUACGCCGCUAAACAAACUGAUGAAAGCCUAUUGUGAACGCCAGGGUUUGUCAAUUCGACAGAUCAGAUUCCGAUUUGAUGGACAGCCAAUUAAUGAAACAGAUACACCAGCACAGUUGGAGAUGGAAGAUGAAGACACGAUUGAUGUGUUCCAGCAGCAGACCGGUGGCCUGUACUGAUCGCUGCUGCUUUCCCUUCUCUUUGUCUGCUCCAUGGUUCAUCGGUGAUCAGUGCUUCUGACAAAACCGCAAAUCCUUUCUCAGCAGCAGUUUGGAAAAACACUUCUAGAUUGUUUUAUGUCCACACCUUCAUAAUAGCUUUUAUGGUUUGCUGGUUAAUCUUGUUGCAUUAUUUUUUACAAAAGAAUAAAUUUACCAGUUUUUAUAGAACGAUUAGAAUUUUAAAUCGUUUUUACUAAAGCAUCCACUAUGGUUACCUGACCAAACCCGAGUUCCGGAGACAAAAUAUCUUGUUUUUAAGCAAACUUACUUUUGUUUUCGGCAAAAAACAUUGGCUCGCUGAUCUAGGUUUUACAAAUUUGUAAUAUGGUAAAUUAUUUCGUUUCAUUCUUUUAAAAUGUUUGAAACUGGCAUAGCUUGUUUGAUGGUAGCCAUUCCCUUGAUCAGCGUAAGGACAGAUGCAAACAGAUUAUUUUAUACCAAUUUGUAUUGUUGUAGUUCCACAGAGCAUUCUUUGCUGCUGUAUUAAAGUAGUGUAAGAUAGGUCAGAAGAUGGAUCCCAUGAUUUUGUUUUCCUCAUGUAUGUGUCUUUGUUUCAUAAAAUCCUUAUUAAAAUAAUU